AUGGCUGGCAGUGAAACACACCAAAAUGAUGUGCCAGACAUGUUAAUAACGGUAGCAGCACUUCGAUCCUCCAAAGGCGAAGACACUGCAGACUUCGGCGACUUUGUGAGCAAUGAAGAGGAGGAACUUGAUCUGGAGGAGGUUGUCGAGCCCUGGCACAAGUAUGAUAUAAAAGAAACUUCACGUGUGUUCUAUCCCAUUUGUGUCGGAGAAUUGCUCAAUGAGAGAUACCUGGUGGAGCACAAAAUUGGCUCUGGGGGCUUCUCCACUGUCUGGAUGGGCUGUGACCUUCAGAACAAGAGGAACCUAGCCCUCAAAGUUAUGUCUUUAGGAGAAUGGGGUGAACGCAAAAUCAAGUUCCCCUUAAAGGGCCCAUGUCUUUACCCUGUCAUCCUAGAAACAAUGCCCAUGGCCACUCGCAUGUCGGCUGCUCAGCAGUUGCUAAAAGCUUUGGAGAAUUUGCAUAACGCCGGUAUCGUACACCGCGACUUGAAUGAGAGAAACUGUAUAAGUGCUAAAUAUGAGGCUUUUGGUCGACCACUAAAGCAGCCCAUACCAUUCGUCGAGCUCUGGAAACGGGGGGAGCUUGUUGGUCCAAUCAAAAUCCCUGAGGAGCUACGCACAGAGGAUUUCUAUCUCGGUGACUUUGAUCGACUCCAUGGCAAAGAUCCAAGUUUUGCCUGCGACAUGUGGAGUUAUAUGGUCAUAUUUGCAGAGCUCUACCUUGGACAUACGCCGUUCCCUACCUGGCUUAAAGGUGGAAUAAUAACUGGCAUUGUCAGAUGUUUGGGCCCACUACCUGAGCAAUGGAGGAGCCUUUACCCUGACCCAGGAGGCCUUCAGGUUGAUUCGUGGUAUGACCAGUCUAACAAGCCUGAUCCAAACCAUGAUCUUGCUUCAACAAUUGCACGCUUUCGUCCCGACGCUGAUCCGAUUGAGCGAGAACAUGUACACUCCAUUAUGGGCAAAGUAUUUAACGCCUGCCCAGAGAAGCGUCUGACUGCAGCACAACUUCUACAAGACCCUUCAUUCAGAGCUAUUAUUGACAAGUAUGGUUGCUGA